UGCUGUGAGAUACAUCGAUAGUCUGCCAAACUAUAUGGAUCUCGGAAGCGGUUUGAAAAUAAAAUCCAGUGAGCCUGAAAGAAUUUCCAGACACGCUACCAUUUCAUCUCUGCCAGACGAACAUCGAGCUAGAGAAGAUGCCUUGGAUAAUUUACUUUUUGAAAGAUUUAGCGAGUUCAUGAAGUCGCAUACUUUCGAAUAUAAGGUUCCAGAUGACACUAUCAACGAUCUGAAUAAGUCUGUUGAGGAAGGAAGAAAGAAAAAGGGAGGUGGAAUGAAAAUGAAAUCGAUGAUGAUGAUUCUUACAUUGAAAGCCGCAACUAUCGGAGCCAUUGUGCUUAAACUAAUUGGCAUGGUAGCAUUUAAAGCUCUCCUUAUAGCUAAAGUGGCAUUCACAAUUUCCAGCAUUAUUGCCCUCAAGAAACUGGUGGAAACCAAGCACCAUACAUCAACCUACGAAGUAUUGGCCGCCCAUCCCCAUUAUGAUGAGCACAAUCAUUUUGAUAGGUCGUUUAAACAUGAGUUACCUUACAGAGGGUACAAUGGUGCAUAAAAAUUUAGAUUACAAGCUCUUUUUAAGUACUAACAAUUGUUUUGUAUUACUUGCUAAGUUUGGUGACUGAAUAUGGAAUAUUUGGGUCUAUGAUAUGGGGACUAGUAUUUUAGCUAUUUAUUUUUAGCUUUGUAAGUUUUAUCGUUUUAGAUUUGCUCUACAAUAAUUACUUUUAAUCAGUAGACAACAAAAACUAUUUUACAUUUUCUCCUGCUUAUGUAUAAGCGAAUUUUGGGUUAUUUAAAAAACCAAAGAAGAUGGUUGAAAAAACGACUAAGAAUAAAGUAGUAAUCUUAAGAUACACACAUUAAAAAGAGUAAGAAAAGUAUCUAUUCUCUUUUAUUAUUAUUUCAGUCCUCAAAAUUCAAAACCCGUUAAGUCCAUUAAAACGAAUUUUAACCAAAAAGGAAAAAAUUUGUCUCUGUUUGAAAUAACCAUCAUUAAAGUAUACUAUUUUUGUUUGACUAUAUCUACACUAGGGUGGAUCGAAAAAUCGAAGUUUCGAAAACUGUUUUGGAAUAGUGCGCAAAAGUUGCCAAUUAAUGUUACAAACCUAAUUUUAUUUGCGAUUUUUCAAAAAAAUUUCAUCUUCUGCCCUCUACCGGAGGUUGAAAAAAUAAAAAAAAUAAAAAAUACGAACUUGAUUUUAAUUGAAAAGUUACGUAAUAAGUACAGGUUCUUAUCAUAAAAAUGAUAUCCAAUUGCAAUAUUUUUGAAAUAUGUCAUAUUUAUUCUUCUACCCACUCCCUACCCUCCCCCUUAAUUUUGAUUAACUAUUGUUUGUAGUCUCUUUUGGACUCAAAUUUUUACAUAUCUUUGCGCGAAUCAAUUUUUGCCUUGAUAAAAUUGUCUCUUUUUUGUGACCCAAUAACCGACGAAGAUGCUUCAAUUACAAGCUUCACGAUUCUCUCUACAGAUUGGGUGUGACAGGGAAAUGUAGCGAUGUCAAUGAUUUUCACAGGAGAUCCGGAAAUAAUAUUUUUUAAAUCCUCUACUUUCAAACCUUGAAGCAAUGGAGGGCAAGUUAUUUUAUUGUUUUGUCAAUCAAUAAAAUCAAUAUAGUCAUCUGCUUCAAAAUUAAUUUGUGGAAUAAUAAAAGGUAGGAUGUUAGAUGAAUUAUUAUUGGCCUUAGUUUUUGCAUUGAGAAUGCGACGAAGUGCAAGGUCUCUUAUAUGCGGUCGAGCGUCAUGCAUCUUGCAUAGCAGAAGAUUUUACGGAUCUAAAAAAAUAGGCAUUUCUUUGAAUUACAGGGUCUAUAAAAGUUUUCAAAUUUUGCUCUAAGUAUCAACUACGCUUAAUUGUUUGUAAAACAUGCUUUGCACCAUUCACACAUGAUGAAUUGCAUUUGAUCUGAAACCAUAAAGGAGCAUAAACCGUGACAGUAAAUUUGGUCAGUUCCUUUAAUUCUAAUGUUGGAUUUUCAGUGCUAACAUAAAGACGUAUAAUGCGAUUCGCCAAAGUUAGCCAUCGAGAAUGACUUAACUUUCCAGGGCUUUGGUUUAAAAAUCCACAGAACAUUCCCCUGUAGAAAUUGAGACACAAAUUUGAAACAAAUAUUUCUGAUCGGCACUUAAGUCAAUUAAAUCUACUUCUGGUAACUCACAGUCCGGCAUAUUUUCGCAAUGCACUAUUUGAUUUCCUAUAGUUCCUGCAAAAGCUCUUGGAUUUUGAGUUUGACCGUCAAGCUUUUGGAAAAGAUGCCGUAAAAGCAAUUCAUUCGCGUGAAGCUGACAGAUAAAUCUUUGUAAAGGGCGGCCUAACUUUAACUCUAUAGUUGAGAAAUUAUACCAUUUUUUCUUCACAUAUUUACCACAGUUCCGUCAUAUCCUACUACCACUAGUUCUUCUAGAUUUUACCUAUAAUUCCCUAAAAAGUUCACAAUACUUUGAUAAAUGCUUAAAACAGAUCCAGAAAGGGGUACUGUGUGACCUAAAAAUAUAGAGCCUGGCUCUUGAACUAAUGAAACGUGCUCUUCAAGUGCGGUUCUUCUGUGUGGCUUGCCUUCAAUAUUUUCGAUAACGAAGGUUUUAUCUUUCAGGACAGAUUGCAAUUGCGCCCAGCGGUCAGGAAGGAGGAAGACCUAACCCUUCGGUCCAAACCUAACUUUAGGGUAUUAGAGUGUAGAGUACCCCAGGAGGUAUUUGACCGCUGCGCGCAAUCACAACCCAUCCAUCUUUCCUUCCGUCAAAAUAUAUGGCCUUCAAAGUUUCGGGGGAGUUUUGCACAAAACCUUUUCUUGAUUGAUCUCUUGCUCUUCUCAGUUUAUUUCUUGAAGGUCCAAAGUCGCAGGACCCCCGCACCCCGAAGAUUGGACUAAUAGACUAAACAAACCAGGGCCGCCAGGACCGGGCUUUUGUUAAUGAUGCCAAAAAAUUGUUUUUUUUUCAUUCUUCAAAGGCCGGUAGAGGGCAGAAGAUGUAAUUUUAUCAAAAAGUUGUAAUAACACUUUUUUAUUGUCGUUACUAAAGGAAACUUUUGGCGGGUAUUCCAAAUCAAUGUGUUAAUUUUUUUAAAAUAUUGCGAUAAUUGAUCCACCCUAAUCUACACCUAAUAAAUG